AGGGUUCUUAGAUAGCACGCAAUGCUAUGGCGUCUUCCUAGCCACUCGUGAGGUAAUCCACUCCGGGAGGGCAACGCAUUCACGCCAGGCUUUGCUAUGGCGGCAUCGGCAGCGUCGGCGGCGGUGCUCGCGUCUCCAUUCCUCCAAGGGACUCCCCGCCAUGCCAACGAUCUCCAGGUUUGCCAUUCCCAGCAAUCCAGGAGCCAUGUCCAUAGCCCUAGCUCUAGAAUCCAGGCGCUGGCGCUGGCCACGCACAGCGGCGGCGAUCCGGCAGCUCCAAGUCCCGUGAAGAAAUUGAUUCUCAAAGGCAUUGCUGGCGCGGCAGCGAUUCUCGUCGCGGCGUCGCCGGCAUUGGCCGCUGGCGAGGAUUUGAUGCUCGAGCAGGGCCAGCAGCAAGCAACGUCGUCUCGGAUGUCCUACACGCGAUUCCUCGAGUACCUGGACAAGGAUAAGAUACGAAAGGUGGAUCUCUACGACAAUGGCAUGGUGGCGAUCGUCGAGGCAGUGGCUCCAGAGCUUGGAAACCGGGUACAAAGAGUGAGAGUCCAGCUUCCAGGGCUUCCCGAGGAGCUCAUCCGGAAGAUCAAGGCGAAGAACGUCGACUUUGCUGCUCACAUCCCGCAAGAGGAUCCUGGCAACGUGGUGCUCAAUAUUAUCAGCAACUUAGCGUUCCCGGUGCUGCUCCUCGGUGGUCUCUACUUCUUGUCGAGGAGAACUAUCGGGGGACCUGGGAAUCCAAACAAUCCUUUCAACUUUGGAAAGUCCAAGGCCAAGUUUCAGAUGGAGCCGAACACUGGGGUGACUUUCAACGACGUUGCCGGUGUCGACGAAGCCAAGCAGGACUUUAUGGAGGUGGUGGAGUUUCUCAAGAGACCAGAGAGGUUUACUGCCGUUGGUGCUAAGAUUCCGAAGGGAGUUUUGCUGGUCGGGCCGCCUGGUACUGGGAAAACGUUGCUUGCUAAAGCUAUUGCUGGAGAGGCCGGUGUUCCGUUCUUCUCGAUCUCGGGGUCGGAGUUUGUGGAGGUUUUCGUCGGGAUUGGUGCGUCCAGGGUCCGUGACUUGUUUAAGAAAGCCAAGGAAAAUGCUCCUUGCAUUGUUUUCGUUGACGAGAUUGAUGCGGUUGGCCGGCAGCGAGGCACCGGAAUCGGAGGUGGAAACGACGAAAGGGAACAAACUUUGAACCAGCUGCUCACUGAAAUGGAUGGAUUCGAGGGCAACACAGGAGUAAUAGUCGUUGCUGCUACAAACAGAGCUGACAUCCUUGAUGCCGCAUUGCUGAGGCCAGGAAGAUUUGAUCGACAGGUGUCUGUCGACGUCCCCGACGUGAAAGGAAGGACAGAAAUUCUCAGAGUUCAUGCUGGGAAUAAGAAGUUUGACGGUGAUGUGUCUUUGGACGUGAUUGCGAUGAGAACACCGGGUUUCAGCGGUGCGGAUCUUGCUAAUCUUCUGAACGAGGCAGCUAUUCUAGCAGGGCGGAGAGGCAAGACAGCAAUCUCAGCCAAGGAGAUAGAUGACUCUAUCGACAGAAUCGUCGCGGGAAUGGAAGGAACUACGAUGACCGACGGCAAAACUAAGAGCCUUGUUGCUUAUCACGAAGUUGGACAUGCUGUGUGCGGGACUCUGACGCCAGGACAUGACCCGGUACAGAAAGUUACGUUGAUACCACGAGGCCAGGCUCGGGGCCUUACAUGGUUUCUUCCGGGAGAGGACCCCACUUUGAUCUCCAAGCAGCAGAUUUUUGCGAGAAUCGUUGGUGCUCUCGGAGGCAGAGCCGCAGAAGAGAUCGUGUUUGGCAGUCCGGAAGUCACAACUGGUGCUGCGAGCGAUUUGCAACAGGUUGCUUCGAUGGCCAAACAAAUGGUCACGGUGUUUGGAAUGUCAGAAAUUGGGCCAUGGGCUCUGAUAGAUCCUGCUGUUCAAGGUGGUGACGUGAUCUUACGUAUGAUGGCCCGGAACUCCAUGUCCGAGAAGCUAGCCGAGGACAUAGAUCGGUCCAUAAAGGCCAUCUCGGACAAGGCGUACGAGAUUGCUCUCGGCCAUAUUCGUAACAAUCGCGCUGCUAUAGACAAGAUCGUGGAGGUUCUGGUUGAGAAAGAAACCAUGACAGGCGACGAAUUCAGAGCCAUCCUAUCCGAGUUCACAGAGAUCCCCGCCGAGAACAAGGCCGCUUUGUCUACACCGACUCCGGUUGGAGUAUGAAGCACGCACAACACCACCAUUGUCCAAGUAAGUCGUGCACUUUUAAACGCGUAUAUAAUAUUCUUUGGUGUGGGAGACAUGUACAGAGAUGUGGGAUUUCUUUCCUUCCCACUUGGAAGCCAUAUAUCUUUAAAGUUAUUUCUCUCGGA